UGCGCUAUUUUGCUUUCCACCAUACAUAUACGACGUUCCCCUAACAACUGUAGCAAAUCGUAAACGUUCUGUCAUGGCAGCAUAACAGUGUAAUAGUAAAAUGGAAGACAGGGUGUUUUUAAGUUUUGACAAUGUCAGAAAGUUCAUCAAGGAUGCUAUAGUGUUAUCUGGAUUGAAGGCUAGCCAUGGUGAAUUACAAGCUGAAGUACUUCUGGAUGCCGACUGCAGAGGCAAGGCCUCUCAUGGUCUUUCAUUAUUACAGAUAAUUUUAGCAAAUAUCUCCGAGGGCACGUUGGUGGACUCUGAACCCGUUAUUCUGAACGAGACUGAAGGGUCAGCAUGGAUAGAUGGACAGGGGUGCCUAGGGGCCGUCGUAGGUAACUUCGCGAUGAAGAAAGCCAUCGAGAAAGCAUCUAAAAAUGGUAUAGGAUGGGUCACGGCGAAAGGUUCAUACCAUCUUGGAGCCUUAGGAUGGUACUGUAUGAAAGCAGUGAAAGAAGGUAUGAUCGGCCUGUGUAUUUCCAACACAUAUCCCGGCACUGCAGCGACUGGCUCUAAACAGCGAGUUUUGGGAACCAACCCGAUUUGUCUGGCAGCAGCGGGUCUGAACGGAGACUACCUACUCUUUGAUUCUGCGCUAACAGUAUCCGCGAUGAGGAAGGUUAUGGAAAAGACUAAGGAUGGAGACGGUACAAUCCCCGAGGGUUGGGGAGUUGACCAAGACGGUAAAUCAACUACAGAUGGCGCUAGUAUCCUGAACAAUGGAGCUCUCUUGCCUAUUGGAGGAAUUAGUACUGCUACAGGUGGUCACAAAGGUUUUGGUCUUAUUCUAUUAGUCGAAGUUCUAACGAGUGUUCUAGCUGGUUCGGCCUUUCCUACAGACAUGGGAUGGAGAAAUGAGUCUGGGGUGAAUGUUGGCAAAGAUUUUGGCCAGACGUUCAUUGCUAUAGACCCACAUCAUUUUGGUGGAGGAUUCGCCGAGAGACUGCAAAAUCUACUGGAUUAUAUCCGCAACGCAGAACCUGUGGAUGAAUCCAAUCCUGUGCUGAUACCCGGCGAUAGAGGGCGACAUAUCUCCCAACAGGCAGAGAAGGAGAAAGGUUUAUGGUAUCCAAAACAUCUUAUUCAUCAAAUGAAUAAUCGAAUGAAGAAACUUGGUGGCGAAUACCAGCUACAAUGACACCUAUGGUAUCUUCAACUAUCAACACCAUCAGCAAACACAAAUCUCACAUCAAUGAACUUUUCCUCAUCGUGCGAGGUCAAAGGCAAAGUGACCUUUAUUGCUCACCUUUGACCUCCGAGUAUUCAUGCUUCAAGCAUAUUAUCUUUGAGAUUAUUGGUAUUCAAACCUCUUGGUUUCUGCCGAGUGUACAUUUACGUCUCGGGAUUGCAUCACCAUUUUCCUAACACUCGGG